AUGUCCAGCGGGAGCGGCAGCUCAAGCUUCUUCGCUGCAGCCUUCGCCAGCACGAUGAACUGCGGGAUGGCGAACUCCACGAGGGUCUUCGUACACACCACGUCACGUUCACCUUUAUCCAUCUGUUCUGACUGCUUGCAGGGUCCCUCUCGAGGAGAUCGGCCCCAACAGGAGCCGAUUCCCGAGGAGGCCGCGCCAGCCACCGGCGAGGAGAAAGGUGCUACCCCCGAGGGGACAGAGAACGGGAGCGACGACGACGACAACGACGGCGACGAAGGGGAGUGGGGCAACGAGAGCGAACGGCAUGUCAUGUACGAGUUGCUCGACGGCUUCCGGUCACAGAACGUGUCCGCGGACGAUCGGCACGCGCGCAUGACCUCCGCUGGGGGCCAGUUUGCUGACAUGCUCUCACGCCACUGGACGGAGAAGUCCACUCCACCCGAGUGGCUGGUGUCCCUCUUCCGCCCCACCGCACCUCCCACCACCACGACUCCGGCUUCUGCAGAGGAAGUGGCUCAGGUGAAUACUUCUUCGACAGCACGUAGCAGUAUAUACCAGUUGAGGGAAAUCAGAGCAGUGGAGGUAGCACCUGCCCCGACCUAGUUCUCCGUCAACCAAUCUUGCCUACUGUCACUCAGAACACACCUGUCCAUCCUCGGAACCUAGCCCCUGGUUUAGCAUCUACUCCGGAUAGCCAGAAUAGUGAUUACAGGCGUAGCAACCCUGUCGCACCCGAGUCGGCAUCUACUCCGGAUAGCCAGGACAGCACAUACAGGCCUAGCAACCCUGUAGCACUGUCUACGCCCCAACUGGCGCAUUUUUCUAUGCCCACAAGCACCCCUACCUCAACACAUACAUCGGGACACACCCAGAAAUUUACUUUUCGCCAGAACGACCUUCCGAAAGAAAUAUCGUUUUCGGGGAAACCAGGAGAUUCCGAUGUCGUUGAAAUACUGACCAGAUACCGAGCACGUGUGAAACUAGCCUCUGUGGCAGCAGACGACCCGGCCGAAUCUGUGGUAGACCAAAGCGCGAUUCCAUUCCUCCCCUUCGUCGUUCGAGGCCAAGCCUAUGACACUCUAGUGGAACUGGUUAGUGGUACUCUCGAAUGGCGAUCGGCACACCGGUUGACCGCACUCCGGAAUGCAGGACAAGUUGUCAGGCCACGAGCACCGGCAACUUGGGAUGAAUACUGUCAAGCUUUCACCUUUCAUUUCUCCGCGCCCAACCGCAUUGCGAUACUAGCUAGAGAAAUAGCCGUUCUCAGGCAGGAAGGAGAGACGACAGUGGACGGGUUUGCGCUCAAAGUGACUCAGGCCCGCACACGCCUCCUUGCAGAGGCUGCUCGCUCAGGUCCCUCCCACAUUAGCCACUACGAACACGCAUGGGACGUUUUCAUGACUGCCACAUUUGAGAACGGCCUGAAACCUCACAUUAGAGUAGAGUGUGUUCGAGAGGACCCUCCAAACUCAUUUCAGGACGCAAGACUUCGCGCGAAAAAACACGAGGCAAAUAAUCUGAGAGGCGUAGCGUCACCCAUAUCCGACACCGUAUCUGCUGUCGCGUACCCUGAACCCCCACAGCUGAAGCAGACUGUGUCCUCAAACACGGCGGUCGAUAGCACACCAUUAGCUGAAGAAACUCAUGUAGCACAGGAUGCCCGAGUUGAUUUAGCCCCGUAUGUGCAUGACAGUAGCAAAUCGAGGGAAUCAUUUUUUCCUCGGGUGAGAGGUGGUGAUGUGACGUCCGUUCAAGAUUUUAGCAGUAAUUCUGAGACAUCGGUAACAGAUUCUGCCCAGGCACCGUUUCAUAGUCGGUCAAGUAGCAAAGCAGGGAAAAAUAGGAAGAACAAACGCACUCGUGCGCCGACUUCUAAGUUAGCCCCGCAAGCUGAAUUUGUACUGACUGGUAGUAUGCCAUUUAAUCAUAACACGGAAAGACGUGCCUCUGUUUCAAGUGCAACGAGUGGUGGACCCACUUAUGCGGCGUUUCAUGCGUCAGCACUGAGUAAAUAUCCACAACAUCCGAAUGCGUUAAAUUCGUCCUCCAAGAGAGUGCGAAUUCCUGCCCGAGUUUGUAAUCACGCUGUGUCUGACCUCACUAUCGACACAGCAGCUGAUGUACCGUGUAUAUCAGCGUCUUGUAUUAAAUCGCAUCCAGUCCUGCAACGUUUACCUCUGAAACCUGUGCCUCCUGGCGCAAUUCAGUUGAAUAGUGCAGACGGCUCAGCGUUAAAAAUCCUAGGAUACAUCCGUUUUAAGCUCACACUGGGAGACAUAACACUACCAGUGGAGGCUCUCGUGUUGCCCAACCUAGGUCCGGAUAAGAUGUUGCUCGAUAAUAGCAUUAUGAAUGCCUUUGGUGCCGUCCUUGAUUGGUGCGGUGAGCAACUUUCAUUUAAAAAUUCAACACGAAAAAUUCCGGCAACUCACAGACGUACGAAUAGUCAAGUGGACACCAAUAAUGAUGCCCCAGCGCAAAUUUCCAUAGUGACGCUUGACCCAUCGAUAGGAGCGGUGCCCGUAUAUCUCUCUAAGAGAUUA